CCAGCUGCUCCUUGGCGCCCCCUGGCCCAGCUCCGGCGCCCAAGGUUUCCGGUGAGCGGCAGUAGCCGGUUAUGACGACUCCCUCCUCUGCAACAGCCGCAGUCUCCUCCGCCUCCUCCUCGGUAGUCACGGCUGCCGCGGCUCCAGGCCUGUGGAAAUCGAAUCAAGGAUUUCUGGAGUGGAGUGAGUCCAGCUGCUUUGAGCUGAAGGAAAAGUAGCCUGGCCACCAAAGCGUCCCUGUGCUGGAGGAGUGCAGCUACCCAUCCCCGCGGGCCUUGCAGGAGGACCGACACCAGGAAGGCUUUGUGCCAGGCCCCGCAGCCACACCCACCCGCCUUAUGCAAGUGGGUACAUGCCGUCGCCAGAAGCCAGCUUUCUGAUCUGCGUCUUUAGAUUUUUUCCAUCGCCUGAGCGUUACUUCUCAACUGAUCGGUUUUAGAGACCUGAAACAUCACAGAAGCUUCUGAGUGGUUCUGAGGAUUCAAGAGGUUUACAGGUUGCUAUGUUAAUGUUGUUUGUCUUUGGAGUCUUACUUCAUGAAGUCCCACUGAGUGAUCAGAAUGAAGCUCCUCCUAACACACACAGCAUUCCAGGCGAACCUCUGUAUAACUAUGCCAGCAUCCGCUUGCCAGAGGAGCACAUUCCCUUCUUUUUGCACAACAAUAGGCAUAUUGCCACUGCCUGUAAGAAAGACUCUCUUUGUCCAUAUAAGAAACACCUAGAAAAGCUAAAGUACUGCUGGGGUUAUGAGAAAUCCUGUAAACCAGAGUUCAGGUUUGGUUACCCAGUUUGCAGCUAUGUCGACAUGGGAUGGACAGACACUCUUGAGUCAGCUGAGGACAUAUUCUGGAAACAGGCUGACUUUGGAUAUGCCAGAGAGAGGCUGGAGGAGAUGCAUGUGCUCUGUCAGCCUAAGGAAAUGAGUGACUCAAGUCUGAUGUGUUCCCGUUAUCUUCAGUACUGCAGAGCAACCAAUCUCUACCUUGAUUUAAGAAACAUCAAGAGAAAUCAUGACAGAUUUAAGGAGGACUUUUUCCAGAGUGGUGAAAUUGGAGGGCACUGUCAACUUGACAUCCGUACAUUGAUGUCUGAAGGUCAGCGCAAAAGCCCUCUGCAGUCAUGGUUUGCUGAGCUACAAAGCUAUACUCAGCUCAACUUCACACCUAUAGAAGAUGCUAAGUGUGACAUUGUCAUUGAAAAACCAACAUAUUUCAUGAAAUUAGAUGCAGGUGUUAACAUGUAUCACCACUUCUGUGAUUUCAUCAAUCUUUAUAUUACUCAGCACGUUAAUAACUCAUUCAGUACUGACGUGUACAUCGUGAUGUGGGACACCAGUUCUUACGGAUAUGGUGACCUAUUCUCCGACACAUGGAAUGCAUUUACUGAUUAUGACAUUAUACAUUUGAAAACUUAUGAUUCCAAAAGGGUAUGUUUUAAAGAAGCUGUUUUUUCAUUACUCCCCCGCAUGAGAUAUGGGCUGUUCUAUAAUACUCCUCUGAUAUCUGGCUGUCAAAAUACUGGACUAUUCAGGGCAUUUUCCCAGCAUGUGCUACACAGACUAAACAUCACACAAGAAGGACCCAAGGAUGGAAAAAUUCGAGUCACCAUUCUUGCACGGAGCACAGAAUACCGGAAAAUCCUAAACCAAAAUGAGCUUGUAAAUGCACUGAAAACAGUACCUACAUUUGAAGUCCAGAUUGUUGAUUACAAGUAUAGAGAACUUGGGUUUUUAGAUCAACUGAGGAUCACACACAACACGGACAUAUUUAUUGGAAUGCAUGGAGCUGGUCUGACCCAUUUACUUUUCCUUCCAGACUGGGCUGCUGUAUUUGAACUGUACAACUGUGAAGAUGAACGCUGUUACUUAGAUUUGGCCAGGCUGAGAGGCAUUCACUACGUCACUUGGCAAAGGCAGAACAAAGUCUUUCCUCAGGAUAAGGGCCACCAUCCAACCCUGGGGGAGCACCCGAAGUUCACCAACUACUCUUUCGAUGUAGAAGAAUUUAUGUAUCUUGUCCUUCAGGCUGCAGACCACGUAUUGCAACACCCAAAGUGGCCAUUUAAGAAGAAACGUGAUGAGCUAUAAAUACGUUGAGUCUGUUUGCAAAAAGAGAGUGUUUAAACACUCCAACAACCAGACUUAGAAUUAAAUCAGUAAAGCAACCUGUUAUUUCCUAUCCCCGAAUUACCUUUUCUAUGCCAAAACAUACCUUCAGGAUAUUGUUAUGUGUCUUAUAGACGUUAAGUGUUUCAUGUGGUUUUUGUGUCAUUGCUGUUUAUCAAUAGCAAUAAUUUUGCACUGAAAACUUUUUAUAGUUCAAAAAUUGAGCAUGGACUCCCUGGUACACUUUAACUUU